AUGUCUAAAGAAAAAAAACUUUUCUUUCUUUUGCUUAUUAUAUUAUUUUCUAAUAUUAAUUUUUUGGCUUCUAGACCCAUAAAGUAUGCUUCUUCAUUCUAUGGACCACCAAAUACCCCACACCCGCAAACAGGAUUCCCAUGGGUAUGCAGAACAUGGAUUAAUGAUGAAGGAUAUCUACCAGAAGAAUGUCAUUAUCCUGGUAUAUAUAUUCUUUUUUCAAAUACACCCGAUACUUAUGAUGGAUCAAAUGAUGAGGUAUUUAUGCCAGUUUAUUGGAUAGGAAAAUCAAAAAAUAAUGUCUUACAAAGAUAUUAUUACCAUGCAAACAAUGAUAUGGUAAGUAUUAAUAAUAAUGUUUUUGCUUGUUUUAUGCGUUUCCCAGGAGAUUCCAUUGAUGACGAUAAUAUAAUGGUAGACACAAGGACAUUUGACGUUGAAACAGCAUUGUUAAUUAAGUUUGCAACUUUACUAAAUAAAGAACAUGGCCAUAACCCAGAGGUACAGGAUUUGGAGUUUGAUCCAAACGAUGAGCCAUACGAUAUUUUAAGAACAUUUUAUAAUAUGGAUAUCAAUAACCCAGUUGCCAAUCUAUUGCCUGUCAAUGGUCAUGCCACUGUUAUCGUCAAUGGUUUUGCCCAUUUUCUUUCAAAUACAAAAGAUGUUGUACCAGAUAAAAAUAUUACACAAUUUCUUUUUCCAUCUGGUAUUCCUUACGCCGGUAAUCAAGUUCUGGAUGGUGAUUACAGUAAUUUUGAUAGGAAAGAUUCUUGUAAAGACAGUUCGGAAUCUGAGGAAAAAGUAGUUUCACCUACACCUGUCAAAUUUAAAAAAGCAUCAGCAUCAUAUUUAAGCGAUAUACAAGUUCGACUUACAAGUUUGCUUAACAAAAAAAAUGUUAUUCCUGGAACAACACAAGUACCUAAAGAAAAGCUUGUACCUAAAGCAACAACAGAAGUUAAAACAACUCCAGAGAUUAAAACAACAAUUGCACCUAAAACUACUCCAGAGAUUAAAACAACAAUUGCACCUAAAACAACUCCAGAGAUCAAAACAACAAUUGCACCUAAAACAACUCCAGAGAUCAAAACAACAAUUGUUCCUAAAACAACUCCAGAGAUUAAAACAACAAUUGCACCAAAAACAACAGCAUUACCUAAAGUAACAAUUGAGCCUAAAAAAACAGGCUUUUGGUCUAAGACUUUUAAUGUAUUAAAAGGAGCAUGGAAAGGAGCAAAAGGUAUAGUUACAAAUCCAAAGACAGUAGAAGUGGUUGAAGGGGCAGCCGAGGGUAUUGUGACGAGUUGUAUUAAAAUUAUCAAAUCUUUUAAUUGCCCAAAAACUGAAAUCAAUGUGUGCAACCCUGCCUCCAUUUUGCAACAUUUCCAAGGUUUGAAGAAUGAUAAUCCGAAUAGAACCAAUAUAAUGUUUUCUGAAAGUGCCUCAAAUCCUAAUGGAAAUAUAUUCCCAUUCGAUAUUUUGCCAAAGUUGAAACAGUUAUCAAAGAAACUAAUUGUAGUUGUGGAUAAUACUUGGUUAACUCAUAACAAGUCAAAGGAAGAUCCAAAUGAAACAAUACAUCCAAGUAUUAUAAAUGUCAUUGUAAACAAACCAAUAGAUCACGUUAAAAAGCAACUUGAAGAAAAUAAUAUAAUUACAAAAACUUCGUUUGGUUCAUGUCACACUAAAGUUUGCAAAUCAUUAUCACCACAAUAUACCCAAAUUAGAAUCAGUGUUGGAUACAAUAAAAUAGAUUUCAAAAUGUUUGAAUUUUUAAAUUCAAAUUAA